AUGCCCCGCAUUGAGAAUGACAUUAAGCUGGAUUUCAAGGAUGUGCUCCUCCGACCUAAACGCAGCACUCUCAAAUCAAGGAGUGAGGUGGACCUGCUGAGGAGCUUCACCUUCAGGAACUCCAAGGGCAGCUACACAGGCAUCCCUAUCAUUGCAGCCAACAUGGACACCGUGGGCACCUUCGAGAUGGCUCGGGCUUUGAAUAACUUCACGGUUUUCACUGCGGUCCAUAAGCAUUACUCUGUGGACGACUGGCGAGAGUUCGCGAACAAGUACCCGGAAUGCCUGGAGAACGUCGCAGUCAGCACGGGCACCGGCGAGGCCGACUUUCAGAAGAUGUCCGACAUCUUGGCAGCCGUGCCCCAGCUGCGCUACAUCUGCGUGGACGUGGCUAACGGCUACUCGGAGCAUUUUGUCCACUUUGUCAAGGACGUGCGGCAAAAGUUCCAUUCACACACCAUAAUGGCAGGAAACGUGGUCACGGGAGAGAUGGUGGAGGAGUUGAUCCUGGCUGGUGCGGACAUCAUCAAAGUGGGCAUUGGACCAGGUUCCGUGUGCACCACUCGCAAGAAAACCGGCGUGGGGUACCCUCAGCUCAGCGCGGUCAUCGAGUGCGCGGAUGCAGCCCAUGGACUGAGUGGCCACAUCAUCUCUGACGGCGGUUGCACUUGCCCGGGAGAUGUCGCGAAGGCUUUCGGUGCCGGAGCGGACUUUGUGAUGCUAGGCGGCAUGCUGGCGGGCCACUCGGAGAGCGGCGGAGAGACCAUCGAGAAGCAGGGUAAGAAGUACAAGCUGUUCUACGGCAUGAGCUCCGAAGUCGCCAUGAAGAAGCACGCCGGUGUCCUGGCCGAAUACAGAGCCUCUGAAGGCAAGACCGUGGAGGUGCCGUUCAAAGGCCCGGUGGAGGCAACCAUGCGGGAUAUUCUAGGCGGGGUCCGUUCCACGUGUACCUAUGUGGGGGCGUCGAAGCUGAAGGAGCUGAGCCGCAGAACCACUUUUAUCAGGGUCACCCAGCAACUCAACACCGUCUUCGGUAACGACGGCUGA